CCCGCUGCUCCCGGAGUAGUUGGAGCCAGUGAAGUGCGGGCGGUGAUGAGAGCGAAAGUUGCGCUCGGCUCGGCGCUGGGGGCUUGAAGCGGCCCCGCGCUCCGCCCGCCUGGGCCGCCCCCAGCCCCCGCCGCGCCCGCCCGGCCCCGCGCCCGCCGAACCCCCCGUCCCGUCCCGGCGCCCCCUCCUCAGGAGCCGGGGUCCCCGUCACUCUCGCGCGGCCCGGGCCCCCGCUGAUGCCGACCAUGGUGGAGAAGGGCCCCGAGGUGUCAGGGAAGCGGAGAGGGAGGAACAACGCGGCCAGCGCCGCCGCCUCGACCGCCCCCGCCUCGGCCGCCUCGGCCGCCGCAGUCUCCGCCGCCGCCGCCGCCGCCGCCGCCUCGGCCGCCGCCGCCCCCAAUAAUGGGCAGAAUAAAAGUUUGGCGGCGGCGGCGCCCAAUGGCAACAGCAGCAGCAACUCCUGGGAGGAAGGCAGCUCGGGCUCGUCCAGCGACGAGGAGCACGGUGGCGGCGGCAUGCGGGUGGGACCCCAGUACCAGGCGGCCGUGCCCGACUUCGACCCCGCCAAAUUAGCAAGACGCAGUCAAGAACGAGACAAUCUUGGCAUGCUGGUCUGGUCGCCUAAUCAGAACCUAUCAGAAGCAAAAUUGGACGAGUACAUCGCCAUCGCCAAGGAGAAGCACGGCUACAACAUGGAGCAGGCUCUUGGGAUGCUCUUUUGGCACAAGCAUAACAUUGAGAAAUCCUUGGCUGAUUUGCCCAACUUUACCCCCUUCCCCGACGAGUGGACUGUGGAAGACAAAGUCUUGUUUGAGCAAGCCUUUAGUUUCCACGGGAAAACUUUCCAUAGAAUCCAACAGAUGCUUCCUGACAAGUCGAUAGCGAGUCUGGUGAAAUUUUACUACUCGUGGAAGAAGACGAGGACUAAGACCAGCGUGAUGGAUCGCCACGCUCGCAAGCAGAAGCGAGAGCGGGAGGAAAGUGAGGAUGAACUGGAAGAAGCAAAUGGAAACAAUUCCAUUGACCUUGAGAUUGAUCAGAACAAGGAGAGCAAAAAGGAGGUGCCCCCUGCUGAGACAGUCCCUCAGAUCAAGAAAGAAAAGCAUAGCACCCAAGCCAAGAACAGAGCCAAGAGGAAACCUCCGAAAGGGAUGUUCCUCUCCCAAGAAGACGUGGAGGCCGUGUCUGCGAACGCCACCGCGGCCACCACGGUGCUGCGCCAGCUGGACAUGGAGCUGGUCUCCAUCAAGCGCCAGAUUCAGAACAUUAAACAGACCAACAGUGCUCUCAAAGAAAAACUUGACGGUGGAAUUGAGCUGUACCGACUUCCUGAGGUCAUUCAGAAGUGCAACGCGCGCUGGACCACAGAGGAGCAGCUGCUCGCCGUGCAAGCCAUCAGGAAGUACGGCCGGGACUUCCAGGCCAUCUCGGAUGUGAUUGGGAACAAAUCGGUGGUACAAGUGAAAAACUUUUUCGUAAAUUAUCGACGCCGCUUCAACAUAGACGAAGUUUUACAAGAAUGGGAGGCGGAGCAUGGGAAGGAAGAGACCAAUGGGCCCAGCGGCCAGAAGCCCGUCAAGUCCCCGGACAGUGCUCUCAAGGUCCCCGAGGAGGAGGAGGAGGCUGCUUCUGUUCUUGACGUCAGAUAUGCAUCUGCCUCCUGAGAAACGCAGGCAGCUUCCGCACAUGGUAUGGGCGUCUGUGUUCCCGGACAUCAGGUAUGACAAGGCUUCACCUAGCCAUCUGCUCACAUCUGUGGACAAGCAGCUAUUACCAAAAACAGCAACACUUCCGGUCCUGUGCUACAUCUGCCUUAAUUCUUUGCUCGUUCCUCCAUGUUGGCGCCACUUCCCGGAGAGCUCCGUGCAUCUCGCGCGGUCUACGUGCUGGGAUCUCGUGGCUGCACGGCGCCCUGGCCCUGGGGCCGCUUCCCCAGGCAGAGCUCCGGGCCCCCAUGGCAGCUCUCCCCAUCCGUCCGCAGCUUCCGAGCAGGUGGCCGACUGGAAGGCAUGCCUCUUCCUGCAUGGCCUGGAUCGCUCCUCUGUGCAUCAUGUCGUUCUCAGCAACUGGACCUGUUGGCCUUCUGGGGGGUCUCCGGUUCCGUUCGGAGGCCCCCACCUGAGAUCAUGUUUCUGGAUGUCACCGUGUGUGCAGACUGCACUGUCCCCUUCAUUGUGCCAAACGCCCCGAUUCGAUCCUGUUCCCCGGAGCAGGUGCAAUGAUGGCUGAUGAAUCUAGUUGGCGUUGACCUCUCCUUCUGCCUUCCCGGCUGGUAGAAAGCUGGUUUGCAGCAGCUCUCUUUGGACACGUAGCUUAAAAGGAACGUGGACUCCAUCCUCUGCCUUCAGCUCUCAGCAUCGCAGCCCCGGGACGGAUGCCGCCCUCUUUUCCCGGCUCCCCCCAGCCAGCUCCAGGAGAUUUGGUCCGUGCCCUGCACUGGUGCUUGUACACUUGGACUUGGUGCCUUCUCCUCGGGCCGCGCAUUCUCAGUCCCGUUUCUGCUUCAGCGUCGUAGCUCUUUCACGUCCAUUGCUUGCCAAAGAUGACACCACCGGUGUGAGAGAGCCGCCGCCGGCCUGCAGGGGCAGGCAGUCCACACGGGAACAGAGUAGCCGGGAGGGUUUCUGAAAGUGCACGUUGCUCCCCUCCUCCUGGGCAGCCUGGCUUCUCCUUGUCACUCCACACCCCUUGGUCCUCAGGCCCCGAUGAGGCCACACGGCCCCGCCCUUUCCGACAGCGUAGCACAGAGCGAGGCGGGAGCAGGUGGCCGGUGCUGAGGAGCCCACGGAGAGCACACAGCCGCAGUGGGUGCACUGCCUCUGGGUGGCCUGGGAGCAAGUGAAACUUCUAAUGAGCGUCCUGAGGCUCCCAGCAUCGCUGCCGCCCUGCCACCCGGAGCCGCUGCGGGCUGUGGGGAGCCUGGCGGCCGAGCCGCUGCAGGAGCUGCCUGUGGUCGUCCCGCCAGGUGAACACUUUCCUGCUUUCAAUACCAAAAAAGAGAAGUGCGAGGCUUUAAGGCGCGGAAGCAAUUCUUAAGAAUUUGAAAUAUGCAAUUAAAAUUGGAUGUGUUUUGACGCAAGCACCUUGCCUUUUUUAAGUCAGCUGAUUUUAGGAAGAGGGUCAGCUAGAAUCAUAGCUUGUUUGGAAUUGGACCUUUUGUUUAAAGGAACCUGGACAAAGGUCGUUCGGAAGGGGCAGUAAGAUGGGACGUUCUGAGCUCGCCGCCUCUGUCCCUGCACUGGGAAUCCACGCAGGUGAGGGCAGUCUGGAGGCAGAGGGCAGUCCAGCCACGGUCCUGCCUGGGCAGGGGGCGAGAUAACACUAGGAACCACCCACGCUUGGUUUUCUCUGCAUCGCAAGCCUGCUGUGCCAUUGCAAGCGCAGGGGACCAUGGGGAGGGGUCAUACUUUUGCACAUCGCAGUAAGGGACACAGCCGGGGCAGGGGCUUUAGGCUCCUUGCUGCUUCUCAUGGUCUCCUUCCUCCCCGGCCUCCUUCCUCCCUGGCCUCCUUCCUCCCGGCCUCCUUCCUCCCUGGCCUCCCUCUUCCCGGCCUCCUGCCUCCCCGGCCUCGUUCCUCCCUGAGGCAGCAGGGGCCUCCUGCAGGGGCUCUGCCUUUGCCAGCAGGUUGUCCUCCCCUUGGCCCAGGCUGUGUUCCUUGGGAACUGGUCCCUGGCCGCAGGGAGCUCGGUGCCCGUCCUGCAGCGAGGCAGGGCCAGGUCUCGGCUUGCUCAGCACCACGUGCUCUUUGGUCUUCACCUGCUUCGGCACCACCGCACUAGUCUUCCCGCGGCACCACAGCUGACAUGGGCUCUGUCUCCAAGGAAAAGGGGCCGUGGUUUCCAUUGGCCAGAAGGAAGAGACGUCGUCUUGGCCUGGCUGCUUCCGCCCGUGUCACACCUAAGAGAGCACUGUGUGCUCAGCUGUUCUUACACUGUCUUUGCAAUGAUGUAAAUGCAAGAAACCACUUGGCUGACAGCGAGUGACUGGUCUUACCGACAGGAAGACCCUUUUAAACAUAUCAAGACUUCGGUGCAUCACAGGUGUGCGUGGGGUGGGAGGUCAGGGACCGUGUUCCCUCAGCUUUGUCUUAAAGAGUAUCAAUGUGAAUGUCAUAAUUAUAUCUAUUUUUGUGGAAGAUUUCUCCUAAGUAUAAGUUAUUGUGCAAAAUAUAGUACCAUUGAAACAAAUGAUAGUUUUAGUUUAGAAAUCCUAAAAGAUAUAAAUUGUAUUACAUAUGCAUUAAAAGUUUGUUUUAUUUAAUUUUAUGUAGCUGUGUAAAGUGUUAGGUAAAGUUUUUCUCACUUCUCCAUUGAAACACCUUGUUACUUGAAUGUCGUGCUGGCUGGUUUGAAACAGUGAUCAGUUCUGUAAUGUAGCUCUUACCCAGGGAGCUGCCGCCUCUGGGACUGGUGAGCGCGGCCAGGAGCCGAGGUCGGGCGGCACCGCUGAGCGGGCUCGCUGUGUGUGCCACCCAGAUGCCAGUCCCGUGAAAUGCUUUGGUAGUUUUUAACCUGUAAGACCCUUUGAUGCUCACAAACCUCUAAUCAGAACAUGAGUAGGAAAACACAAUUGGUUUACAACUUGACUCUGCAGGACAAAGUAAGCGUUUCCUGCGUGUAUAAGGUUUCCUCAAAUAUCACGCGCCUGUAAGUGUGCUCAUUGUCACUUUAAAUUCCUACUCCCCCCUAUUUUUGUCUUUCUGAAUAUCAGUUGUACUGUUGGUAUAACCGUGCACCAAAAAUAAGCCACCAGUGCGUCCCACUGGCCGGACCUGCCGGGCACAGGAGGUGGAGCCGCCUUCCUCUUGCUGAACCCUAGGACCCAGGAGUCAAGCUUUUGUUCUGUUCUUAUGCAUUAUUUUAUUUAUAUUCAUAUCUGAAUCCCAAAUUUAUAAAAUAGCUCUAAACCUGUAUUCCACAACUAAACAUGACACUUUCUUAAGUUAUUACCGUUACGCCAUCGAUGAGUUCGUUUUCAAGCCACCGAGCCAUGUGCCAGAGGGUCUUUCCUCUGCUUUGCAGGUAACGGCAUUGCCACCAACUGUGUUCUUCAUGGUUUGGGCCCUUUGGCCAAAAAGGCGUAGAGGUCUUGUUUCAGGUUCAUUGUAGGAUGACGGAGAGCAGCGAUUUCAGUGGUGGUUCCACCGUCCGCCUCGCGAGUCCUGAAGGCUUCUUGUCCUUUUACCGGCUCCAUAUGGAGCGUAGCACCACCCUCCGCCCAAGCGGAGCCACCCGCCCAGAGCAGAGAGCGCCCUUGGCUGCUUCACUGGCUUCCCUCCCCACCAGCCAGACCCGUCCCCUGGGCUCUGCUCCGCUCACCAGCGUCUUGUUUCCGGAAUGAGAAGGGGCUGGGGCUCCUUCCUCGGUGGUGGCGCCUCAUUGGACCCCAUCAACCGCUCAUGCACCCUUCACACGGACUUGGCUUUUAUCGUCAUGAGCCAAAAGGUUGGUCUUUGAAACCCCUAAUAGUUCCCUUAUCUUACCCAAAAAAUGUCAAACUAUGCAACAAUAUAAAAUUCCAGUUUUUCAUCCCCGGAAUAAAUGUGAUUACAGAUGCCUCGCACUGUUCUGGGAAUGAUACCCACGCCUCUGGACCACGACGUUACGUUUUACCUCCGCUCUUGUCUUCCCAGAGGAUGUCUGUCCACGCAAACACGGUUCCCUCGUUCCCCUCCAGGGCACGCUUCACCGCCCUCCGCGCAGCCCGGUCCGGAGACGCGCUGGACUGGGAGACCCGGGCCAGUGCACGCGGCUGGGCGCCAUCAGGACCGCGUCUUCUGACACUUGGGGGUGUCCGCGCUCAGUCCUGGAGGAAGCAGGUCGUGGCAGCGGGUCUAGGGCCUCAAGGCUGAGUGAUCCGCGCUGGCUCCCCGGCACCGGCCUGGGCAGACUGCAGGGCCCAGGGGUUCUGGAGUUGGGAACGUGGUUCCCUCCUUCCUCGGAAAGGGCAGAGCCCCCACUUCUCCUCACCCCACCGUCUGCUUGCCGGCUGCCCCACCUCUACCCCCGCCCCCAGGCACUCCUAAAGCCCAGACCCCAGCUUUUAAUCAUGUGCAGCUUUGCCUCAAGCCGAGGCCUGCGAGGCCCAGCAGUGGGCACCCCUGCGCCUGCGCCCGCCUUUCCUCACCAGCUGAAGCACAGCCGCCUGCUCAGCGGAUGCCCCGUCGGUGCUCCCAGCCACCGGUGUGCACAGGCCCCUCCCGGAGCCGACGUCCCGUCCGUGCUCCCAGCCACCGGUGUGCACAGGCCCCUCCCGGAGCCGACGUCCCGUCCGUGCUCCCAGCCACCGGUGUGCACAGGCCCCUCCCGGAGCCGACGUCCCGUCCGUGCUCCCAGCCACCGGUGUGCACAGGCCCCUCCGGAGCCGACAGCCCGCACAGGCCCAGCUCGGCGGAGUACUUUGUAAGUUGCUAAAAACUUCAGGACUUUAAAAGAUGUGCAAAGCUAAGUUUGACACGAUCGUCGAAUUGCUGUAUAUCUUUUCAAGUGAUGAAGCCCGCCUGGGGAUUUUAAAGAAAAGAAGUUGUACUCUGCUGUGUGAGGAAUAUUUGACUGUCUCCGCCUGUUUUCUAUCUCAGUACUCAUGGUUAUGGUGACUGUUCAUAGCAUGGUCAUUGCUUAGCCGUUGGAGGGUAACAUUUGUUAGUGGAGAUCGGGAAAAUUUAUUUGUGCGAUUCUGCAGAGUUCAUUUUUCUAUUCCCAAUAUUUGCUGAAGUUAAAUAAAAAUUUUCAAGCCA